AUGACGUAUCGACAUAAACGAUCAAUGAAUGUUGUUCAUCAUUUACGUAACGAAUCGUUAAAAUGUAAUCAUUGGCAGUAUAAUCGUUCGAAAUAUUUACAAGAUCGCUUCGAUAUUUCUUCUCAAUUGUAUUGUCAAAAUGGAAAAGGACAUUCGGGCUGUGUGAAUGCUCUCGAUUUCUCUUCCGACGGACUUUUUCUCGCUACUGGUGGUGAUGACAAACGUGUGUUGAUAUGGAAUAUGAGUGAAACAGUUUUCAAUGAAACCAAUCGAAUUCCCAUUGUGUUAAGUGCCACACAUCUAAGCAAUAUUUUUUCAAUUAAAUUCGAUAAUCAAAAUAAACGAAUCAUAUCCGCUGGAAAUGACGAGCAGAUUUUAGUUCACGACAUCGAAAAACAACGACAUGGAUUUAAUGGUGAUCAUGCAGAUGAAUUAGUUGAUGUUUUUCUUGAAUCUUCGCCUGUCAAUUGUAUAUCUGUUCAACCAAAUCAAAACGAUGUGUUCAUUGCUGCUACUGACGAUGGUCAUGUACAUCUGUAUGAUUUACGUUCUGCGUCAUCAACUGCUGAACAUGAUCAACCGUCACUUGUAGCUGCCGAGUCACUCGACGGAUCUUUUCAUUCGUGUGCAUUUCAUCCACAACAGACGUGCUUAGUAGGAACAGCAAAUGCACGACAAGGAAUCGAAUUGUACGAUAUUCGAUUAUCGAAAAGUCCGGUGCUUCGCUAUGGUGUAUCAACAUCUUCAACAACAAAAAGUUCUACUAGUGGUCAGAAUGAGAAUGGAAUUGAAGGUAUGAGUGUGACUUUCAAUCAGAAUGGUAACCUGCUAUAUGCUCUUCGACGACGAUUACCUCCGGUAUUAUUUAAACUUCAUCAAUCACAAGCAUUUUGUCAAUUUGAUGCUGAUAAUUAUGUAAAUUUAUGUACGAUGAAAUCAGGGUGCUUUGUUGGAGAUCAAGAUCAAUAUGUUGCAUCAGGUUCAGAUGAUUUCAAUGUUUAUAUUUGGCGCAUACCAGAUCAUGAUGAUAAUCAUAUCAAUGUUCAAAACUCUUCUAAGUCACAUUUGUAUUCAGAUCAUUUCGUCUGGAAUGCUCAUAUGAGUCUACAAGGUCAUCGAUCCGUUGUAAAUCAAGUUCGAUACUCAUCUCGUUUACACACAAUUGUCUCAAGUGGCGUCGAGAAAAUCAUCAAAAUCUGGACACCAUAUCGUACUCGAAAUAAUCAUUCAAAUAGUAAUCUAUUAGUCGGUCGACAAGAAAUGUACACUCAUCGAGAUUAUCUACGAGCAGUUUUAGAGUCCGGUUCAGUUCAUCAUGAUUCAUCGAUCGAACGAUAUGAUGAAGAUAAACGAAUGUUAGCAUUCUUUGAUUCACUUCUCCAACGAGAACUUGGAAAUAGUCAUACACAUUCCGAUGAUGAUGAUGAUGAUGAUGAUAGUGAUAGUGAUGCUCUUUCGUUGAUAUUUACUUCAAGUGAAGAUUCAUCAGAUGGAAUUCUUCAAUCGGAUCAUGAAAAUGAAGAACAAGUAACUUUAGAAGAAAUUAACAGUCAAAUAGCCGAUCUGUCAGAUUCAGCAACACAUUCAAAUCAUCCUUCAGUAUCUGGAAUGACGAACUCUCGCCAUUCGACAAUCGUAUCUCUUGCUAAAAACUAUCGUGUACAGUAUCUUGAAAUGCUAAAAGAAAACUUCGGAACAAAAUUCCCUCAAAUGGACAAACGCUCUUUGGAUUCGCCAACUAAUUCUUCAGUUAAACGUCAACGUUCAUCUUCCAAUUCCAGCAUUGAGACGACGAAGAUUAGCAAUCAACGGGAAACAAAGUUUUUCUUGGUGAAACUCAGCGUGAGUCUGAUGUGA